AUGCGUGUCGCCAUCGCCGGUGGAUCCAGUCCGACCUUAGGAUCUUCGAUUGUAUCAGCCUUGCUCGCCACCGAAGGCCGCUAUACACCGGUUAUACUGUCUCGCAAGAGCAAAACGCCAAGAGAGGAGGAAUCCAAUAAACAGAACGGUGAGGUUGAAACCAGAUGCGUGGACUAUCAGUCUCAUGCCUCUUUGGUACUUGCGUUGAGUGAUGUGGCUGCGGUCAUCAGUGUCUUGCUUAUCCCAGGGCCCGACUGGGUAACAGCUCAGGUGAACCUCCUUCACGCUGCGGAGGCCGCUGGCUGUCAGCGCUUUGCUCCAUCCGAGUUCGCACUCACAUCAUGGGCUCACACCAUGGUUGACCUGUUGGACAUCAAAAACACUGUCUGGAACACUGUUCGUGCAUCGGUGGAUCAAGGCAAAAUUGAUGCUGCCCGUUUUCCAUGUGGAAUGUUCAUGAAUUAUCUCGGAAUAGGAUGCCCAGAGUCGAAACGUACAGAUGCCCUGGCCGGCUUCCAAGAGGGUCCGUUCCUGGUUCAUCUAGACGGCAACCCGCCAUGGGUUGAGGUUCCUGUCCAAUCUGAUAAUACAAUGCCAAACAUCACAAUGACCGACAUUCGAGAUGUCGGUAAAUUUAUCGUUGCUGCUCUGGAUAUGAAGGAGCCGUGGGGUGGCCGUGAGCUAGGAAUGGCGGGUGAUACUUUGAGCUUUGAGAAACUCAUAAAUAUUUGCCAAAGAUAUAUUGGACGCCCAAUUGAAGUCCGCCCAGUGAAGGAGGAUGAGCUUCAAGCACGGCUGUCAGCCCUCCUUCCGGACCAGGUUAUUCCUCGUAUGGAAUGUCAACUGGCGAUUGUUUGUUCACGCGGCGCAUCUGUGGUGCCAUCUACACUCAAGUUGUCGGCCUCACACCCAACAACUGUUGAUGAAUACAUGAGGCUCUACUGGUAA